AUGAACAGAGUCGCCGAUCUCCCUUCAAGAGGCCCCUUCUCUAAUCCUGGCGAUAUGCAGCGACAUAUUCCCGUGCUCAAUUCACCUGUGCCAGCAACUGAUGCCAAUCGCGGCGAUCCAAUGGACGUGACAACGGCCGCGCCGGAUGGCGAUUCCAGCAUGCACAAUGCAAACGGAGACAACCAAAGUCACUUGAGUGCUUCAGGUGGUCAAGCGAUAGGAGCUGCUGCUGCCGCGCAACAACCAAAGGUCGUUCAAACGGCGUUUAUACACAAGUUAUACAACAUGCUUGAGGAUCAAAGCAUUCAGCAUCUUAUUUCCUGGUCCAAUUCGAAUGAAAGUUUCGUCAUGUCUCCGACCUCCGAAUUCUCCAAAGUUUUGGCGCAAUACUUCAAGCAUACGAAUAUAUCGUCUUUUGUACGGCAAUUGAACAUGUAUGGGUUUCACAAAGUAAGCGACGUCUUUCAUACAAGCUCCCCUGACUCGGCGCUUUGGGAAUUCAAACACGGCAAUGGGAACUUCAAAAGAGGCGACUUGGUUGGUCUUCGCGAGAUCAAACGAAGGGCAUCGCGCCAUACUCUGAUCCAUCGAGAUUCCUUUUCGAAUAAUAAGCCUGGCGUGUCGCAACCAGGAACUCCAGCCGAGCCAAUACCCGAAACGGGUGAUAUGCGGUUGCUAUCUUUGGAGCAUUCGAUCUAUGAUAUGCAAAAUCGAAUGCUGCGAUGGGAGGAGACCAAUUAUAUGUUGAGUUCUCGGUGUCAAGCACUAGCGGAGUGUCUUGUCAGAUGUCAUCAAUGGACAAAUUCGAUAUCGCAGGUUCUUGUCACCAUGAACCAGGACCGGGACGGUUCUUUAUAUCGCGAUGUGUCGGACAUGCAACAAGAUAUUGAACGACAUCUGGAUAGCACACGUGCUUUGGAGACGCCCCACGAAAGCUUGUUGGGUAGCCGGCAACAAGCAUUAUUUGGAAAUGUAGCAGAGCCAGGGCCGCCACUUUCUCCACGUCAAAUGCCUCAAGACGACAGCCGCCGUCCUUCACUUGCGGACACUUCUAAACCGAUGAGAACCCAUAUCUCACAACAUCUAGCCGUCUCUCCUCGUCGAUUUGGAUCCAUUGGUGGAGGCCAUCCUUCUCCAGGUUAUAGUCGUCCGCCGCUUCCUCCUCAACAACAGCAGCAGCAACAGCAACAACAACAACAACAACAACAACAACAACAACAACAACAGCAGCAGCAGCAGCAGCAGCAGCAGCAGCCUCCAUUACCUCCACCUUUGUCGACAGUCACUUCGCCGUCGGAAUCGGCAAUGCUCGCACGUCGACAUACGUCUGCAGAUAUCCGUCAGCACGGAUGGCCACCAAGUGGGAUACAGGCAGGAAACUCAUCAGGGCCAUGGCCAUCCUCUCCGCAUCGACUUCCGUCCACCAGCGAGCAACAGGUUCGCGAUGUUUUGGCACAGUAUGAAAUCACGGGAUCAAGGCGACGAACCCAGUUAUCACGACAAGCGACGCCUCCUCUAGGACCUCCCGAUCAACCGGGAGCACAACCAUUAUCUGCGUCCGUAUCGCAACAUCUCACCGUAGAUCCGACAUGGUCAGCCGGAAGCAGCAGUAACGGCGGGCCUCGAUUUCCGCGGUACGACGGCUCACUACCGGCAACACGCCGAUCCAGUAUGGCGAGUAAUGUGCAUUCCUUGCUCAAUCCCACGAAUACCAGCGAACGCCCAGAUGAAGACGAUCAAAUACUUGAAGAUCGCAAACGAAAACGACUUCAAUAG